CCACUCUCUCGAUCCGUCUAAAUCGAGAGUGAAUUGGCAAGCCGGUGACGAAGUGCCUCUGUCGCUCAACCGCAAGUAAACAAAACAAACCCGUCGGUGGCAAUUCCCGGUAGACUGCACCGCUGACCUCCUCCGUCUUAUCUGUUAUUGCGCGAGAGUCACUGUCACUGAGAACCGAUCUCAUAGAGUAUAUAGAACGAAUACGGCGCGAUGAGCCGAUAUUUUUAUGGGAUAGUAUAAAUAGCUGGCAUCGCACUUGGCAUUGGCAUAGUCAAUGCAAAAUGGGCUCGAACACUGGAGCUUGGAUUCUACUGGGCCUGCUGGCCGGCAUCGCCUCUCUGUCUAGCGCUGCGAAUAUACAGCGAAAUGAGGACCAGACGAUUCUUCAGAACAAUGGAAACACCUUCCUAUCAAACGGAGCCGGGCAAAUCAUUCGUGGACCCGAUGGCAAAACAGUAUUGAUCGGAUCCGAUGGGCGCAGGAUCAUCACGGAUGCCGACUCCAGCGAAGAGGACAGCUCGCACGAUUAUGGUCACGGUGGGAGCUAUAACAAUGUUAUCAUCAAUGGUGGCUCGGGAUCCAGCGUAAUUCAUGGCGAUGGACAUAGCUUCAUUGUUGGAGAUGCGAGUCAUGGAAGUUACAUGAACAGCAAUGGACGCAGUAUUAGGAUCAUAAAUGGUGCCAUCGAACUCAAUGAUCACGGCCAGGUGUACACAUUCAGGCCAAAAGCAGCAGGCAUUAACGAAAAGGAAACCGUCACCAUCAACGGACAACCGGCUCAGGUGGAGUACUCCAAUGGUGAUAUAGUCAUCGAACUGGCCGAUCAUACGGUGAUUGCCAAGAUAGGUGGACGCACAUUUCUGGGCGAUCGCGAAUCCUUCGACAAUCGGGAUAAAUUAGAGGCGGAGGCAAAGAACUAUGCCGAUCGUAUCCAGCAAGAGGUGCACGCCAAUCUCCAGAAAACCAUGGCUGAUAUUCAAAGGGAUCUUCAGAAUUCCCUGGGAAAUAUUUUCUAUUAGAAGCCAAGUAAUCAAUCGUACACGAGUCGCUCGAAAUAAAGCGCCUUUGCAGCAAUUGUCUUGACUUUAAUUGUCUUAUCUAUGGUUUACAAGCUAAGAUGUUCUAAAAGAUACAUAUCUAGUGUGUAAUCCAAGUACAACAGACCCCAGACAUGAGGCGUCUUUGGGCAUAAUCUUCCCAUUUGACCGGCCUGAGGCCACAAACGUGUGGGUGGUUAGGUCAAUUAAUGGGAAAUGACGCCCGGCAAAUGUGAUUGAUUAGCGGGAAACUCACCGUAUAGGCAGCUUAUGGGGCGGCUAAAUCUAAUGCUUAGUAUCGCCUAACAGACUAGGUUUGUAUGGGCGUGUGGCGAUUGGAAUACAAUUACCGAGCUUGCGGCGGUGUUUAUGAACACUUCUUGGUAUUUAAAUGACGGAAUUUCCCAACGAAUCUUCGUAAAUAAGACCAAGGUCUCUUAUUCUUUAUAUUUGUGUUUUCCAAGCUAACUUAAUAAAUUCUUAAUUAAUGGCC